AUGGUCUCCUCUGUCUUGCCAUCACUAGCUUUGGCCUGGCUUACAGGCCAGGCACUAGCAGUCAACUUGACGGUAUCGAAAACCGGUGGAAAUUCGUCCAGUCCGCUUCUCUAUGGAAUUAUGUUUGAGGAUAUCAAUAAUUCAGGCGACGGAGGAAUUCAUGGCCAGGUGCUUCGUAACAACGGUUUCCAAGGCAGUGAUCCAGGGCUCACCGCAUACAGCUCUGUAGGAACUGUGGAAAUUUCUCAAGAUACAACUAACCCCCUGAGCAGUGCCAUUGCCUCCUCACUGAAGGUCAGCGUGCCAUCUGGCACAUCGGGCCUCGUUGGAUUUGCUAAUGAGGGAUAUAAUGGUGUCCCUGUCCUUGACACCACUUACUUCAACUCCUUCUAUAUGAAGGGAGACUAUUCUGGAGAUGUUACGGUCAGACUGGUGGGCAAUUCGACUGGAAUUGUCUACGCAACCCAAAAUGUGACUGUUGACAGUACUGCCUCCAAAUUCACGCUCUAUGAGAUUUCAUUCGUCUCUACUGAGUCUCCAGAUGCCAACAACGUGUGGCAGUUACUUUUCGAUGCAUCCCAGGUGUCAGGCAGCUCGCUGAACUUUGGCUUAGCGCAGCUCUUUCCGCCAACAUAUAACGGGCGCGAAAAUGGUCUCCGGGAUGAUGUGGCUAGUUUUCUUGCAGAGAUAAAACCAUCAUUUCUUCGUUUCCCGGGAGGCAAUAAUUUAGAAGGUGCGAGUCCAAGUGACCGAUGGAAAUGGAAUGAAACAAUUGGAAAUGUUGUCGACCGUCCUGGUCGUGAUGGCGAUUGGGGGUACCCAAAUACUGACGCACUUGGCCUCGAUGAGUAUUUCUACUGGUGCGAGGACAUGGGAAUGGAGCCAUUGCUCGCCGUCUGGGAUGGCUUAUCGCUUGGUGGAGGAAUCGUAACAGGAUCUGACCUCGACCCUUAUGUGGAUGAUAUUUUGAACGAACUCGAGUAUGUCCUUGGUGAGACGGACACAACAUACGGCGCCCUUCGAGCUAAAAAUGGUCGUGAAGACCCGUGGUCAGUGAGAUAUAUUGAGAUUGGGAAUGAGGACUUUCUCCAAGGCGGAUGCGACAACUACGGGAGUCGAUUCAUACAGAUUUAUGACGCUAUUCACGAUAAAUAUCCUGAACUGACUAUCGUUGCCUCCACUGCUGACAGCUCUUGCCUCCCAUCUACCUUACCGGAUGGUGUUAUUCAAGAUAUGCACCACUAUCUGUCCCCUGAUGACUUCGUUGCAUCGUUCAAUGAGUGGGACAACUGGUCGCGCGAUAGUCCAAUUCUUGUGGGUGAAUAUGCUAGUACUACUGGAAAUGAUGGAAGUACAACAUACUGGAGCAAUAUGCAGGGAAGUUGCAGUGAGGCUGUCUACAUGAUUGGCAUGGAGCGUAAUAGCGACGUUGUCAAGAUGGCCAGUUUUGCCCCUCUACUAGAGCACUUUGACAUGGCCGAGUGGUCGCCCGACCUUUUUGGUCUUGACUCUAGUCCAGACUCCAUCACUGGAUCAACAUCCUACUAUGUGCAGAAGAUGUUUUCGACCAACCGGGGCUUGACAAUCCUUCCUGUCACCUCAGACAGCGGAUUUGGCCCUGUUUACUGGGUGUCUUCGGUUUCAAGCUCCGGGACAUAUUAUGUGAAGCUCGCCAACUACGGGUCUGAUACCGAGACAGUAACCGUAAACAUUGAUGGCGCAACUUCGGGGACUCUUGAACUUCUCUCGGGUGACGAGACUGUCAGUAACUACCCGCACGACAUUUCUAUCACAACUUCCACAACGAGUAUUUCAGGAAGUGGAACUUUCACUGUACAGUUGCCUGCAUGGGCUGUUGCUGUAUUGGCUGUGUCUUGA